UUUUUGCUAAGUAAUUUUCACAUAGGGGACCAUGCCAUGCUUAGUUGCUAACGAUAUAUUGAAUUCCAGUAGGAUUAAAGACGAAAGACUUUGACAUUCAAAGUAAACCACACAUUAUGGAUCUGAGAAUUUCCCUUUAGCUCUUCAGUUUGUGCAGAUGCAUUCCACUUCCAAAUCCCUGUAAGCCAUUACCGUUCUCAUCUCUUAGCUUUCUUUUUCCUUUAACUAGUUUAGUUAUUGUCUGUUGCAUGCAUGCUAGAUAUGGAUGCAGCUGCGAGCAUUGUUUUAUCCCCGGCUUUGCAAGUACUCUUCGACAGAUUGGCGUCACCGCUCCUACAAAAGGCUUCUGAUCUCCUUGGUUACAACGACAACUUCCAGAGCCUGCAGCACGCAUUGGUGCGAGCUCAAGCUACUCUUGAAGUUGCAGAAGAACAACAGUUCACAAACAGAGCUGCCAGACUUUGGUUGUUGGACCUCAAGAACGCAGUUUGCGAUACUCAGGACAUUCUUGACUUCUUUACUGCUCGGGAAAACUGGAAUCGUAUUUUUCGUCUUUCAAUAUCAGAUGAUGGAAUUAUAAAACCUGAAAAACUCAGGAUUAUGCUCCAGGGGUUGGAAAGGACUGUAACCGAGGGAUUUCGCAUGUUCAAUAUCAGAGAGCCUACCCAGCUGCUGCCUGGUAUCGUAGAUCAAGGGUCUGCAAAAAGGGAGACCAGCUCUUUUGUUAAGGACACAGAAAUACAUGGGAGGAAGGAAGAAAAGGAGAAGUUAAUCAAGCUGUUAAUAUUUUCUGAUGCCAACCAGGUUGAAGGAGGAUAUGCAGCUUGCAUUCCAAUAAUUGGUCAUGGAGGAAUUGGUAAGACGACUCUUGCUCAAUUGGCAUAUAAUGAUAAGAGGGUAAUAAGACACUUUGAUGUUAGGAUGUGGAUUUUUGUUUCUAAUGACUUCAAUAUCACAAAGAUCAUGAAAGGAAUUAUUGAGUCGGUAACAAAGAGUAAGUGCGAGAUCACUGGGAUUGAUGAACUUCAGACUCGGGUUUGGCAUUUGUUGCACAAUAAAAGAUUUCUACUCGUGUUAGAUGAUGUAUGGACUGAAGAUCUGGAUGAUUGGGAAAAGCUAACACCUUUGUUUAGAGAGGGAGUUGAUGGAUGUAAGAUUGUUGUUACCACUCGCAGCAGAAAGAUCCCGUUGAUGAUGGACAGCUCAAUUCCGUAUCAGUUGGAUGGUUUAACGUUUGAUGAUUGCUUGUCUUUGUUUAAUCAAAGGGCUUUUGGAAGAGGAGGAGAAGAAAAGUAUCCACACCUUGUUCUGAUUGGGAAGCAGAUUGUCAAAAAAUGUGGAGGUUUUCCGUUAGCGGUAAAAAGCUUGGGAAGUGUAAUGCGCUUUAAAAGAGAGGAAGGACAUUGGUUGUUUAUGCAGAACAGUGAACUUUGGCAAUUAGAUGUAUGCCAACAAAAAGUUUUACCUGCGUUGAUGUUGAGUUAUCUUCAUCUUCCGUCACAUCUUCGACAAUGCUUUGCCUUCUGCUCAUUAUUUCCCAAAAACUAUGAAUUCAAGAAGCAAAAGCUAAUUCAUCAAUGGAUGGCAGAAGGCUUUGUUCUACGACAAGGGAGCAAGCGACUAGAAGACAUUGGUGAUGAAUACUUUUCCGAUUUACUGUGGAUGUCUUUCUUUCAAGAAGUAGAGGUUUCUGAAAAUGAUGAUGUAGUCGGAUAUAGAAUGAAUGAUGUGAUUCAUGAUCUUGCACGAUAUGUUGCAGGAGAAGAGUCUGUGAUACUCGAAGCAGGUCUUCCACCAUAUAUUAAUCCAUCACAAAUUCGACACUCAUCUAUUGUUUAUACAAACAGAGAUGGAGAAAUCACAAUCCCAUUGGAGGCUCUAUAUGCAGCGGAACAUUUACGAACUCUAUUAUUCUUAGGAGAUUCUGGCUUGUUAAGCAACAUGGGGAGGAUGUUUUCAAGCUUUGUAUAUUUGCGUUUGCUAGAUCUUAGUGGCUGUGAUGUUUCUAGUUUCCCGGAUGCAUUGGGUGGCUUGAUAUGUUUGAGGUAUCUUGACCUCUCUUACACGCCUAUCGAAGACCUUCCUCUUAGGGUAUGUGCGCUUGUAUCAUUGCAGACUUUAAACCUAAUUGGCUGCUAUAAUCUUCGUGAUUUGCCUUCCUUGGAAAGGAUGACCUGCCUAAGACAUCUCAAUCUAACUGGAUGUGAACAAUUAAUUCGAAUGCCUGCUGGUAUUGAAAGUUUACAUCAACUUCAGACAUUGCCAUUAUAUGUCGCUGGGAGAGGUUGUCGCCUUAGUGAGCUGAAACAAUUAAAUCUUUAUGACAAGUUGAAUCUAACACACUUAGAGGAAGUACGGCACGCAGCAGAAGCAAAAACAGCUGCGCUGAUGACGAAGAAAAAUCUCGAUUCAUUGGGAUUAUACUGGGGACUAUAUCAACCAAGAUCGGAAGAUGUGGACAUAUCACUGGGGAUAGUACCUAAACGCCGAGAAGGUUCAAGAGUGGGAUUCAGAACCUCUAUGGUAGCACAGGAAAAACAUGCCGAAGAAAUUCUCGACAGUUUACAACCACCGAAAAAUAUGAAAAAGCUAUUCAUAAAUGGCUAUCCAGGAUUUAGAUUUGCUGCUUGGGCUCUCCCAGAAUAUGUAAUUGCAGUUGAAAUUGCGAAUUGCCAAAAUUGUGGACAUCUUCCAGCCCUUGGGAAUCUUCUGCUGCUUAAAACUCUUUCUCUGCAUGGGAUGCAUGGCGUAAGGCGCAUUGGUACUGAGUUCUACGGUGACGGUGCAGACAUAAGAUUUCCAUCACUUGAAAAACUAUCACUCAGUGAUUUUCCCAACUUGGAAGAGUGGACAAGUGCAAAUAGCGAAAAUUCAUUCCCAAGCCUGAAGAAAUUAACCGUCAAAAGAUGUCCCAAGCUAGCACAUAUCCCAUCUCCUCAAUCCCUUCAACAUCUAGAGCUGCAAGACUGUAAUCCAAUGCUGACGCUCGUAGCAAAUUUAGGUCUGCUUUCUGUGCUUGUUCUAGAGAACAUUCCAGGCCUACUCACUCUCCCAGAAGGGCUCACUGCAUCAGCCUGUCUGUCUUCUAUGAAGAUCUUGUCGUGCCCCAAACUUCGUUCACUUCCUUUGCAGAUCCGAAACCUUACUGCUCUGAAAUCAUUGACCAUUCAAUGUUGCGAAGAGCUCUCCUCUCUGCCUCAGACUUCACAAAACCUCAAAGCGCUGGAGUCACUAGAGAUUAGUAACUGUCACAGUAUAAUAUCCAUGCCGGAUGGUUGGAUUGGAGGUUUGAGUUCCCUUCGAACUUUGUCCAUUGAAAACUGCAGUAACCUAACUUCUCUGUCGUCGAGUUUGGAACGGCUCACGUUGCUUGAGCACUUGACGAUUAUGUUCUGUCCAAAUCUUGGUCCUUUUCCUGAAGGUGUUCAACACCUCUCCUCCCUUCGAAGUUUGAUCCUGUUGAGCUGUCCUUGGUUUGAUUCUCUGCCAGAAGGGUUACAAAAUGUGAGAACACUGCACUGUCUCAAAAUUGGUAGCUGCCCCAAUCUAACAGCUUUGCCAGAAUGGUUUGAGGGUCUUGAUUCUCUUAGGUCCUUGACGAUAUUUGACUGCCCCGGUUUACAACUAUUGCCACCAGGUUUCAAGAUUCUCACUAAACUCCAACACCUCUCUAUUCAAGAAUGCCCGGAGCUUGAGGAAAGAUGUAGACAAGGUAGUGGUGAGGAUUGGUUGAAGAUAGCCCACGUCCCGCAUAAGUACAUCGGACCACCUCAGGCCAGGCAGUCCGGUGAAGCGAGCACAUCUGGCAGCUGAUCUCUUCAUUCAAACAUCUUCUCAGUGAGCAACUUUCAUUUCAUUGUCGUCAACAAGCUUUCAUCAUUAUGCUAAGCCAUACCUAGCCUCCUUGUGUACUCGUUUCUGAUGGGAUGACAGCAUGUUUGUAUACACGGCGAAGAGGCUGCACGUAUUGAAGAGCUCACAGCUAUCCACCAUACAACGUAUGUGAAUCGUACUGUUGAUCUUAUAAACUUUUAGUUUGAAAGUAGUCUAAUUAGAUGCAUUCAUGAAACUUGCCGACACAUGUUCAGAUUUGAAGGUGAUGGUAAAAUACACCAUAGUUUAUUGUGGUGAGCAAAAAUGCUCCCAUAAAUUCAACGUACACAGGUUCAAGGAAGCACGCACAAUCUGUUUGAUAAAG